AUGGACGCAAUAAACGUAUUUGUAGUGAAUGGCGCAGAUACUUUUGGUUUGCUUGUUCCUUAUGGUUGCAAUUACGCGGGACUUGUCGAUAUGAUUGCGAAUGAGCUGAAGGUUGAUAUGCGACGAUCAUGUAUCAAUAUUGAGUAUUCUGCAGAUGUGGAAAUGUCCCCAAUCAGAAUAAAAAAUGACAGUUCCCUGCAAUUUUACUUGGAGCUGAAGCGUAAGGAUCCACGUAUCACGGCAUAUGCAUUACGUAUCAACUUGAUCGAUAUCUUACAACCGACAGACUAUGUGCCUGUACUGAGAAGUGUGGAACAGAUUCAAUUUCAAUCAGCUAACAUCAAUGGUUCACAUCUUCCCACUGCUAAUUUGACAAUAAGAAAUGAAGAAACACCUAAUUUCAUAUCUGGCAUUGAAGUUUUGGCGCUGGAGAUUGAAGAUGACAUAUAUGAAGAAAUUAAUGCUGUAGCGACGUGGCCUGACGUUCUACGAAAUAUACAGCUUCCUGUAUUAUUGAGAAAAUUAUGGAACUGCAUCUUCAACUGGCCUCUUGCCCUUGUCCUCCGUGUAGUUGUUCAUCCACAUACAUUCGGAAUCUGGGUUCACGACGUUUGCAGCAAGUGGACUGCUACCGAAAACUUUUGA